UUCUCUUACCGGAAGCACUCUCGCUACUGCUGCUACCUAAAUUCUCCACAGAACCAAACGCUGCAAUUCCCCGUUGUUUUGCUCUAAUAUGUCGUGCUUUGGAGAAAGUGUGUGCAGUUUUAGAGAAAGAGAUAUAAUUGGGUUUCCUCUGUAACUUGUUCUGGUGAAAAUUGGCGCCAUUUGUCCAGGAGUUUGGCUCGGAGUUGGUCGUGGUGUUUCGGGGAUUGUUGUUGACCGAACGGAAGACGUUCUAAGAUGCCUUCCUUUGGGUUUCUGGAUACUUUGGAGCUUUAUUUACAGACGGGGAAGUUUCCUGUAAAUGCAUCAAAAAAUGUGAAGAGAGGGAUCAGAGCUGCCAGCAAGCGCUUCAUGUACAAAGAUGGCUGUCUGUGGCGAAGUUAUCGAAGUCGCCUCCUCCGAGUCGUCAGAAGCGAAAAGGAAGUUCGAGAGAUCUUGACCCGUUACCAUGACAACAACAACCACGCUGGGCGGGAGCGAGCAGUGAGGGAAAUCAUGAUGAUGUACUACUGGUUCGGAGUGACGGAAGCCGUGAAGAACUGGGUCAAAUCCUGCUCCGUUUGUCACGAACGAACACUUCCUCAUUCAUCCCAACAGUCUGUUUUCUUCUGCCUGGUUUAUGGCUGCGACUCUUCCAGUUAUGCUUUUCCUGAGCUCAGCUUCCACAGGUUUCCUAAAGAUGUGGAGCUGCGGAAGAAGUGGCUGGAGGUGGCUCAGAGGGACGAGGGCUCUCUGCGUCCGUCCUCCUACAUCUGCUCUCGACACUUCGACGCCUCCUGCUUCACACUGACUGAGGAGGGUCAGCUGACGUUGUCACCAGAUGCUGUCCCCAUCAUCCUACCCACUACAGUGCAUGGGGCAGAGGUGCCUGAACAAUCAGACGAGGACUUCCUUCAUUCCAACUCGUGGAAGGAUGAACUCACCCGAGCUGCCGUAGCUGCGGCUGCUAGAGCCAUAGAUCACAGUGAUCCGCCCUGUGAUCCUUUCGAAACAGCUGUGGGGCUGCUGGAGCACCAGUACUGCAUCCCAGGUCCUGCUCCGGACUCCAGGGCCGCCAAGAUGAUGACUGUGGGCAAGAGGACGACAUUAGUGGAGACUAGCUUUGUUACCUACAACCACAUAGCCAAGUAUCUGAGCACCAGGAUGUUACCAAUGCAGGGCAAGAAAAGCAGAACAGCUCUCAAACGGAUGGCUAAACGCUUCGACCUAAUAGACGGAGUACUGAUGUACACUCGGGCCUCUCCACCUCUCCGGGUUCCACGCAGCAGAGAGGAAGUGAACUCCAUCCUGCAGCAGUUCCAUGACAACCAGGGUCACUACGGACAGGGAAUCUGCCAGAGAGAAAUCGCGAAGCACUUCUACUGGGGCAAUCUGAGCCGAGACCUGGCCAGCUGGAUCUCCAGCUGCCAAACCUGCCUCAACAGAACCAAGAGGAAGAUGCUUCGCUGCAGCAUCUCCAAGUGCACCAACCGCUGUGGGCCGGUGGAGAGGAAACUGGGCCUCACCUUCCAUAAGUUUCCUCUUCACAACCUGCCCGUGCUGGCUCAGUGGAUGAAGGCCGUGGGACGCGUUCACUGGCAUCCUCGUCUCUGGUCGUCCAUUUGUUCCACCCACUUCACAGAGGAUUGUUUUGACCGCAGCGGGGAUAAGGUCAUCCUGCAUCCGGAUUCGGUGCCUACGCUCAACAUCCACGGUGACUCGGUGACUCCAGCCGUAGCUACGGCCCAGCAGCCACUCGGGGAGGAGGCAUUUUUCGCCAAAUAUGAUGCAGUGGAGCUUUAUAUCAGCCGGCGCACCUACCCUCCUGGACUCACCUACGUGGAGAAGAACACGUUCAGGAGGUUCUGCAAGAAAUACGCCAUCAUAGAUGGCAGCCUUCACUUUGUGAGUGGAGAGAGAGUGCGUUUGGUUCUGAGGAACCGGCAGCAGAUCGACGACGCCCUCGUGGACUUCCACGACGAGCUGAACCACCUCAGCGUCAACAAGUGUCUUCGACUGCUCAACGAGAGGUACUUCUGGAAAACCAUGAAAUACGAUGUGAUGCAGUGGAUCAACAACUGUUCCCAGUGCAGCCUGAAGAUGAUAAAGAAGCCAAGUCAUCGAGAGCAGGCUGAGCAGUCGGACAUCCUGCUGCAGGCACUCGCCUCUCCGGAUCGGGACUCAGACAGCGGGAGGGAUGAGAACAGUGAGUAUGCUUGUGAUGAUGAUGACGACGACAAUGAUGAUGGUGACCAUGAUGGGAGAGGAGACGGUGACAUCGAGGAGGAGCAAAUAUUGGAGUCGGUGGAUGCAAUAGAGUCGUCUCUACCCCCGUUGUCCUCACAGACGACGUCUCCCACCAGUCCUCAGCCCCGCAUUCCAAUCCUGAUUCACCUGAGAACUCCCAACAACCUUCAGCCCAGAACUUCUGUCAUCCUGCAGCCCAAGAGCCCCAGCCCGCCCCUUAUGACGCAGAUCUGGUCUGUCAACAUGGCCGCCCCUGGACAGUCUGAAGUGUCAAACAGCUCUGAGAGUCUGCCCGGCGAUCCGCUUCAGGGAAUACCUCCGCCAAAGAAGAAGUCCAAGCACCCGGAAGAACAGAAUGGAACCGGCAGCUCUAAGAGCAGUGCCAGGACGCAUCAGGCCAUCCAAGCUCAGGGUACCACCAUACCUGUCACAGAGCCACGCCCCCCACCUCGUACAACAAAGAUCGUAAAAGCAACAGAACCUCGGCGCCAGCGCAGCAGCAAGAAGCCUGGGAGGAGAAAGACGGUGGCUGACCCUUCAGAUGAGGGGAGCUCCAGCUGUGGUCUGGAGCCAGUGGUGGCCCCCAGUAGUAAGCCCUGGCCUGUCUUCACCAUCGCUAACUCUGGUCCUGGACAAGCAGCACAGCCCGUCGCUGAAGAUGACAGCACGCCUCUGCUGCAGAGGUCCAAGCAGCUUCAGGCCCGAAUCGUAAUCCAGCAGUGCAGCCAUGCAAAGGUCAAGGUCAGACCGGCAUUAGAUGGUGCCGAGUCCGAGUGGGCCGAGAUCCAGCAGGGGAUGGUCGUGUAUGUGUGCUUCCUCCAGGGAGUCACUGUGGAGGUCAUUUAUGAGAUCGCCAGCAAGCUCAUGUCCACCAAGCUUUUCCGGAGAGAGCGACAUACUGUGUCUGUCCUGGACCUCCCCGGGAGUGUUUUACUGGUGCCACAGGACUCUCUGGUCGGGGAGCCGCUGCCCAACAAGAGGAUGCAGUACAAAGGUGCAUGUGAGCUGUGGCUCGGCGCCCAGCUCUUCUCCAACCUGGUGUCAGCCUGCAGGCAGCUCAUGUCCACCUCCACCAAGUGCUCCAGGGCCUGCACCAAAGUGGAGUACGGGGUCUACGGACAGAAACAGGAGAUUGUCCUGACUUCUCUGGAACCGAUGUCUCUUCUCCUGGACUUCUGAUCUACGGGACACCUGCUGGAUGUCUGCUACUAGACCUUCGUUGUGUUUUACCGGUGUUCUCUGGCACAGUUCAAAUCGUUUUUCUUCAGACCGCGAGACCCACGGACCUGGUCUCAAUGUACUUUUGUUGUCACAGCAAAGACCUGCGUGGAUGCAACGUUCAGUUUAGAUUAAAACUUGAGGCGGGCGGUUAUUUGCUCAAGGUCUGAUGGAGACUUUGUGGACAUGGUCCUGUUUGUCCUCACCCACAUGAACUGGUCCGAUGUUGCAGACGACAAAAGGAACCUGGACUUUCCACAGAAGCUACAGUCGCAGUAGAACAUCUGUUACUGCAGGAUUUAGUUGCAUGACUCAGGCAACCCCCCCCCCCCCCCCCCCCCCCCACACACACACACACGAUCGUAAUGUCAUAAAUGAAUUAAAAACGUUGAGUUCUGACCUGACAUGUUUCAGUAGUUUAACUCUAAAGUUCCUCGAGUAUUGCCUCUGAGGGGAAAGUUGGACUAUCGAGUACUUUGUCCUGGACAUGUAGACGAGCUGUAGCAGUAGCCAGAUUUAGACCGGCUAUGUGGCUAUAAAUAGCAUCCGGUGUGUUUCCUCACUCUGGCGGUUUCUGUCCUCAACUUUUUGGGGCUUUAAUUUCUGUCGCUUGGCCCGACACCGUUCCGACGCCCGCUCGGGUCCUUUGGCUGCCGUCCGCUGAGAAAAACAUCUAGCUCUUCCGAGUGAGGACUCACGAUGACGGGGAGGACUCUAGGAACCCAGCGGCUGACCAAAACCUGCUGCUAUUUGCUGGCAUUUUUUCACAUUCAUGUACAGAUAAUGAAAAUACAAACAUGCCUACGUUUGUUUCAAGUUGUGACAUAUUUCUGUCCCACAAUCAGUGGACUGUGUUCUGGCUCCGCCUUCACUGUACCGCUCCAGAAAUGUCUGGACCCACAACAGAAGGGGGCCAAAAAGGUCCUUUGACUGGUGGUCUGGGUAAGUUGUCUGAACCGGUUUGACAAUCAGAACAGAAAAAUUAGCGAUCCGAUCCUUCCCAUUCCACGGCAAAACGGUUGAAGGAAAUGAGCUAAUGGAGGUACCCAAGUGCUAUAUUUAGAAAGAUCGCAUUUGCUUUUUCGACGAUGUACGGAGGAUGCGUUGCUCUGACUGGUCCUAGUGCGGUCCAACAGCGUGCAGAGACAG